AUGAUGAUCAAACAAAAAUAUUAUUUGCAAAAACCUAUUGCAACUAUUAAACAUGUGUUAAAAAAUUGUGUUUUAUGUAAAAAACAUCAAGGAUUGCCUUAUGGGGCACCUAGAAUGCCAGACUUACCAAGAGAUAGAGUAGUACUGGUCAAGCCUUUUCAAAAUGUAGGAUGUGACCUAUUAGGCCCAUUACUACUAAAAAAUGAAGAAAAAAUACAUGUGUGUUUAUUUACGUGUAUGGCCACUAGAGCCAUACAUCUCGAAGUUGUAUCUAACACGUCAGCGGAAGCAUUUUUAAAUGCUUUUCAACGCUUUGUGUCCCGAAGGGGAACUCCCAAAAUGAUUAGGAGUGACAAUGGUUCUAAUUUCGUUCUUGGGAACAAAAUAUUAAAAAAUAUAGUGUCUCAUAAUGAAGAAAGAAAUAAUAAAUAUAAAGAAUUUAUUCAUCAUUAUAAUCUGGACAAUAUAAAAUGGAUAUUUAACACACCAUUAGCACCAUGGAAAGGAGGUGCAUGGGAAAGACUAAUUGGGAUUGUUAAAACAGUAAUGAACAAGGUACUGGGAAGAUACAAACCAAACUAUGAUGAAAUGAUAACAAUAAUGACAAAAAUCGAAUCAAUAGUUAAUACAAGACCAAUAACGUUCCCGGAUCCUAGUGAUCCGAGUUCACGACCAAUAAGACCAAUUGAUUUCUUAAAUACUCACCUGAGAUUUUCCAUUCCUGACUAUGUUGAGGAUGAAGAAGUAGAUGAUCCAACGUAUAAUCCAGGUCAACUCCAA